ACCGCUCCUUUUAUAGUGAGCCGAGGGCGCGAUCCGGUUUCCGGGUUCACUAUGUAGACGAGGCGGACCGACACCCAGAUCAGAACCCGCUGCUCGGACUCCGCAGACCCGGCAUCGAUCCGGAUAUCGAUCAUCGAUCAGGACAGGUGUAAAAGUCAUCCUGGUCAAACCGUCUGGACAGGAUGGGUAACCUCAUUAAAGUACUGACCCGAGACAUCGACAAUGGUGGAAACUUCUUCCUGGACUUUGAAAACGCUCAGCCUUCCCCAUCAGAGAUGGAGGUGUGGGAGAAGGUGAACCAGGUGCUGACGGAGGCUCAGGUCAUUCUGGACGACCUGCAGGCCUAUGGGGGUGCGGGAGAGGAGAUUCGACAGGCCAUCCAGAAACCGGGAACGGAAAGCGUACAGGAGAAGGCGUGGUCAGCUGUGAUUCCUCUGGUCGCCAAACUCAAAACCUUCUACGAGUUCUCUCAGAAGCUUGAAUCUAGCCUGCAUUGUCUUCUGGACAUCCUCACCUGCUCUGGAUCGACUCCGACGCAGCACCUGGAGCAGAAACAGGCUCUGGCACGUCAGUUCGCCCACAUCAUGCACUUCACGCUGCGCUUCGACGAGCUCAAGAUGACAAACCCCGCCAUCCAGAACGACUUCAGCUACUACCGCCGGACGGUCAGCCGUAUGGUCCUCAAAAACGUAUCUACUGAGUCAGAGAGUUACAUCAACAACGAGCUGGCCAAUCGGAUGUCUCUGUUUUAUGCGUGUGCCACACCCAUGCUAAAGACGCUCAGUGACGCCACGUCCAAGUUCGUCUCCGAUAAUCCGGACGUCCCAAUAGAAAACACCACCGACUGUCUGAGUACGAUGGCCAGUGUGUGCAAAGUGAUGCUGGAAACACCGGAGUAUCGUAGCCGUUUUGCCAGUGAGGAGACGGUGUUGUUCUGCCUGCGUGUGAUGGUUGGGGUCAUCAUCCUCUACGAUCACGUCCAUCCAGCCGGAGCCUUCGUUAAGACUUCCAAUAUCGAUAUGAAAGGCUGCAUCAGGGUGUUGAAGGAGCAGCCGCCCAGCAGCGUGGAGGGAUUACUCAACGCUCUCAGGUACACAACCAAACAUCUGAACGACGAGGCUACACCAAAGCAAAUCAAAAACAUGCUGCAGCCAAAUUAACUCCGACUGGACGAGUACGAGGAAACCAAAAGUGUUCUGGUCCACAUUUCAAAAUGACUACUGAACAAACUGAGCUCAUAUUUCUUUAUUUAACCUGUUAUGUUUUUUUUUUGUUUGUUUUUUUUAAUUUAAACCAAAGUGUUAUAAAGUGUCAGAAAAUGUUUAUGCUUUAGGACUCAGCCGUGAGGUUCGAGCUGCAUUCAGGUCUCAUUUUACUUACUUAGUCACAUCUGCCAUAUAGUGGACAUUAUCAUCAAAUUCACUUUAAAUUCUAGCUAAACUCUUUUGAGUUCAUGCUAAAUACGAUCGUAUAACUGAUCUUUGGUACGAAAGCAGUCAUGUGGCAUCACAAUCACAUUUAUGACCAAUUUUUUAAAUUCCAUUCCAUCAAACAGUAAAAUAAAACUGCUUUUCAACUUGUUGCCAUCACUGACCGCGGGUACGUACAGCGAGUAUCAAGAAUAUACAGUGUGACCUGAGGGUGGCGCUAGAACAGAUGCUACAAAUGAUUAAACAUUCAUUCUCUACUCGUCUGUUCAAUAAAAUAUAGAAGUUACUGAGAUAUGAUUCUUUCAGGAUCAAAGUUGGGUUGAUGCGGUAACAAACGUCACCAUCCGCCGAAGCUAGUUGAGCUAAAACCAAAGCCACCAUGUGCGCUAACAACGCGAUGUGCGUCAUGAAUGACUGCAGUCAGAUUCGGUUAACUUUUAAAAGUUCUUCAGUCAAACUGUUCCUCUUCCUGUUUAUUGUUUCAUAGACUGAAGUAGACUUUGUGUUAUCGCGCAUCGACUCUUUGCGUUAACGUGUAAAAACUUGCGCACAUCUUACUGAUCAGAAAAAUGGCCUCUGGUUUUCUCGCACAUCGUUUCCAGCGCUGCAGAGCUAAACGAUAGUGAGCCUGCUGCCUCAGACUUUUAAACUUAAUUCUGGUGGCGCCACCUAAAGGCUGAUGUGCGCUCGGUUUAUUUUACUGCAGUAAUUUGAAAUUUAAAUGUGUUUACGUUUCGUCCUCGAUGUUGUUCAGAGAACCGAAGAGACGUGGAUGCAGCUUUGGCACUUUUCUUUCUGCACAGAUUUUUUUUUCUUGGUGGUCUAAUGUUCAAUCACCAGAACCAUUUAUGGAACUCAGGAACUACUUCUAGAACCCAGGAAAAAAGUAAAACUUUAUGGUUCAACUCGUCUGUGCACACACACACACGCACACACACAAAGCCCUGUGGCAAGAGGCUUUUUAUAAGUUCCAAGCACAGUGAGUGACGCCUCAGUGAGACCUUUUAGUCAUAGCUUGACUGCCCCAGAGGUGGCACCUUAACAGUCAUGUAGUGAUUUUAAUGUGGCCAACGAGGCUGUCUUUGAGGACUGCAUGGACCUCAUGGACCUGGUAACCAUAGUGACAGUGAUUUAAUGCACCUCAACUUUGAAAAAAGUCCUGGUUUCAGUGUCCAGAGACACAGCUGGACUUGGUGGUGUAAUCCCAGCAGUCUUGCCAAGGAGAUUAACCAUGUCCUUGUGGGAAAAUGCUGGUAAUGUUUGUAGCACUGUAGGGUCUACAGAAGUGCCCAGUUUUGAGUUCUGAGCAGACUUGCUAUAGUUCCUUGAGAAGCCAGCUGAAGUCUUGCAGACGGUCUUCUCAGUGCGCAAGACUAAUUCUGAGCAGACUUCAAGAUCAGACCAUUAACCAGGAAUAUGUUGGCUGUAGGACUUUUAGAGAUGGACACAACUGGUGAGCCUAAUGGAAUGUGGGAGUUCUUCUGCGACCUUCCCCUGAAAAUUGCUGAGGAUUGUACUGGAGUUGCCCAUGUCCAUAGGAGGAGGUGUUUCACCUCUGAGGGUAAGUAUUACCAAGAAGAGUCAUAGUGUAUGUCUGAGCAGAAUUCCAGGCUAACUAGGCAACUGAAAAAGCAGCCUUUGAUGACCCAGAGAGUGGACAAGCAGGUGUUACUCAACAGCUGUGGUCUAGUGACCUCCAACCUGUUUACAGAGGAAUCAAAGCACUGUUGAAUUUUUCUAAAAUAAUAAUAAUAAUAAUAAUUUUCCCUCUACUACACCACAAUGGAGCAGAAAUAAAAACAUGACAUAAUUAUUCUAGCGUCUGGAUAGGGUGCAGCCCUUCCCUCUACUGGGCAUACGGGGUACUGCACGAAACCGCUCACCGCAGUCUGGAAAUACCGUUGAAAGCAGACAUGAGCUGAUUCAGACUUUUAGUUCUUGUGGUUUGUGGAGAUCGCGGUUCCUAUCGUUCGUUAGUUCCUGGGGUCUAGUUGUACUUCCUGUGUUUUCUGGUGGCUUUGCUGGAAAAAUGACUGAACAUGCUCAGUAGCCAGUGAAACUUAUGAUUCCGUUCUCAUUUGUGCGUCUUAAUACAAGAAAUUCGCUGCCGUCGUUACGAUGCAAGAAACGACCGCUUGCAAGUAUGACUGCUGCGGCAUUCUGCAGUGACAACGAUGCAUCCUGGCAUUGUUGUCAUUUAAGAAGCUUUGAUUCGUGUUCAACACCGUCUUUUGUAGCAGCUCACUCACGUUGCAUCCAUGUGGAGAAGCUUCUGCUUCUUAACCGGUUAAUUCAAGCUUAGAUUCUUAUGUACAUCGGUGGCCUGGCGAGGGCGCCCCCAUCAGGACAGGACGUUCAUUAAUACAGGUGCUCUGCACACGCCCCAGGGCCGGAGCUCAGGUUGGGAUCACCAGUUACAGACAGGACAUAGUUCGAUGAGUUGGCCGUAUCUGCGUUAGCUUAUUCUUUUUGGAAUGCGGCAGAGCGGUCGGUGCUGAUGACCUGAAAGUUGCUGUUCAGAUGCAGAGCAGAUGGAUGUAAAUGGGAUAUUCAACGAUAACUUUAAUGUUCGAUCCCAACAUUGGUUUCGAUGGACUAGCAAAGGUGGGCGAUGAAAUAAAGUCAGAUUCCACACGUCAGAUGUGAAAUAAAUGUAAAUCCUGAGUUUAAUUUUUGCAAAGACUCUCUGGACUGUAAAAUAUUGAAUUUGGGAGUUAUCGGUAAAAAUAUGAAAAUAGUCAGUUUUUUUUGUUUGUCACAUGUGGACAGAAAACAUGGAUAAAGUCUUGAAAACUGGCUACUGGGUGUGAAUGGGUUUAGAAGUGACGGAGGAACUGAUCCGAGGGAGACCUCAGACUGACGGCAUCUCCGUCUGAAAGCUGGAUUUUAUUUUUUCUACCUUAAUGCUGCCGUGGAUCAAAUUUAUGGCAUUAAUUAAUGUGUACAAGAAAUUAUGUUUGUGAAAUGUUGUCCAAAUAAAGUUUUUACAUUUUUAA